GUCUUGACUUCGGUGGUAAACAGACGCCAUUUAUUAUCAUACUACACUCAAUAUCAGAUUAACCUCAAUUAAGAUGGAGACAGUCGAAAUUAAUACACAAUGGCCUGAUAAAUUCAUGUCAACUUCGCAACAAGAAGUUGAAACAGCAACUGAAGUAAGUCCACAUGGGCUUAAACGUAGUGCACGUGCUGUAUCACCCAUAACAUCUGAAGAUGAAUUUACAAGUGAUAGUAGCGAUGAUGAUGAUGAUGAUGAUGAUGAUGAUGAUGAUGUUGAUUAUAAUGCUCUUUCACAGGAAGAGCUUAUUCUUGUUCUUGAAUUGGAAAAAGAUUAUGAAACAAGACUAAAGGAGAAUGACGAGUAUAAAUUUGAAGAGCGUCAGACACGCAUAAAGCACAUGCAGUUUCUAUUUGGUACUCAACCAGAACUUGAAAAAAUUGCCAAGGAUUGGCAAAAUAAGUUGAUUGAUUCAAAUUUAACAAAAUACUUAUUUACUAAUGCUACCAGGGAUAGACGUAAAACAAGCCUUGAAGAUUUGAAAUGUAUUGUCAAUCUCUGUGGAAGUAGCUUGACAACUCUGAAUAUUUAUAAAUAUUGUUCUUCUUCAAUAAUGCCAUUGAUCAAGUCUAAUUGUUUAAAUCUUAAAGAACUGAUCUUGCACUUUCACACAAUAGAGGAUCAAGAUUUUGAAAAUUGUUUUUCUAAUAUGCCUAAACUUAAAGUACUGAUGAUUCGAUUAAAAUGUGAAAAUUUAACUAUACCAAUGACUUUAGCUAAGUCAUUAGAACAAGUUUGUGAAACCUUGAAAACGUUUUCAAUUCAGGAUGAACUUUGCUCACCAGAUUCAUCAGUUUCAGUAAUUUCUCCAUCAACUGAAGCUUUAAUGACUGUCAUUGCUAAUAUGAAAAACAUCAAACAGUUAACUGUUAAUUUAGAUCCGCAUGGUAUUACAGAUGAAUUCUUGAUAAAUCUUGUCAAGAAUGCUAAAAAAAUAAACCAUUUAAGUUUAAGGGGUACAUAUAUUACUGAUGCGGGUAUAAUAGCACUUAAUAAUGCAGAACAAUUAAAAUACUUUAGUAUUGACUUAUUUAACGAAAAAUCAGCAAAUAAAUUAAUCACUGACCAAUCACUUGAAUGUCUAUCCAACGAGAAAUUAAUACACUUGACUUUUUCACAUUGCGUUAACGUCACUAAUAAAGGAGUAAUUGCAAUUGCUAAAAAGUUACCAAAUUUGCGAUCUUUGUUUGUUGGUAAUACAAAAGUAACUGAUGAAAUUCGCAAAGAAAUUGAAGAAUUAAAAACAUCUGGUAAAACAAAUAUAUUCGUAUUACCAUUAUGUGAUAAGUGGCUAUAAAUGGUCAUAAUAAGUGUUCAUAAAUCCAUAUACAGUAAACCAAAAGCCAUGUUUCUCGGUAUAUAAAGCAGCUGGAAAUACUGAUAACGAGUAACAUGUACAAUAUGCGUGUAGUUUUUGAUCAACAAGUGGUUCAAUUUUGUUUUAAAAAAAUAUUGUAAAACCAUAUUUGUUCAUACAAGUUA